AAAGAAUCAAGUCACAAUUUAUAAUGACAAAUAUACUAAUUAUGAUAACCCAAUCCUCAUGGGGGAUGUACCUAAAAGAACUAAAAAUUAGUAGCUCUGUUUUAAACAGUCCUGUAUUAUAUUCAAUUAAAUCCAAAUAAUUCUCAGGUUGGGCUAUCGCGCCAGAAGAGCGAGAUUGGAAAUACAGACUAUCAAUCUAUUACGCAAAGCCACAAGAUUCUGGAACUUUCACCUGCGCGACGCCGAGGGGAAUAACUAACAGCGUAACACUACAUGUAGCAGGUAAGUGGUCGUCACCAGUUCCAAAAUGUGAAUUGGUGAAAUGCCCUUCUCUGGACACCCUGAAGGUCUUUCCGAACCUCACCUGCACGUGGAAGAGCACAACAACAGCUAUGGAGGGCGUGCCGUCUUCGGGUGUGCUUGGGGCUACAGGUUACAAGGUCCUCCAGGCAUUGAAUGUGAACUGAAUGGAAACUGGUCAGGGCCUUUACCCAAAUGUGUGCCUAUCCAGUGCCCACCGCCGGUGUUGCCGGUGAACGGACAUUUGAUCCAGUCUGAGGCUCCUGGCAUGGACGGAGGCAGAUACGCGGUUGGCAGCUUGGUGCAGUUCGCAUGCGAAGGAGCCUACAAGCUUGAAGGAGAGGCAAGCAUCAUAUGCACCGAGAUGGGCGUCUGGUCUCAUCCUCCUCCAUUCUGUAAGCCUCGGUGUUCGUACGUCGGCGAACCCAAAAACGGCUUUGUUUCACCGACCAAGUUCGCUUACGAUCCGGGAGACGAACUUGAGAUCAUUUGCAGCCCUGGGUUUGUGACCGAAAUUGAAGAAAGGAUAAGAUGUCUCCCAGACGGAAAAUGGUCGGCAGCACUUCCGGAAUGUUUGGACGCCACUAUCAGUAAUAGUAGUAACAGUACAGAAGUAUGAAUCUGUAGUACCCGUCUUAUAUCAACAAUUUCUUCGCGAAUUUGUUCAGAUGGAUUUGUUCAAGGUCGUCCUGAUUGUGUUUGCUGUGCUGACAGCAGACAGUGCUGCCAACCUCACAACAAAUUUUUCCUAGAAACAUUUGAGUUUUUAUAUGUAUUUGGUUUUGAUUUUGAGGCGAAUCUCAUAAACAAAAACCAUGCUAUUGAAAACUGUGGUUCAAUGGCAUCCUAUGCUUGAAUUGAAAAGUUUUUGAUAUUGGAAAGGAAAGCAACUUGGCAAAAAUCAGAGCAAGUUUUAAUUGAGUGAAGAAAUCCAUGAAGAACUUUAUAGAUUUAUUUGACGUCAAAUUCCUGUGUUAUACUUUGGAAAUUUGACCUUUAACUUAAUUCAUAAGAAAAAUGUAAUCAAACUCUUACCUCAAAUGGUUUUUGUACAGGAUUGUGCAGGAAUUUCGAUGUAGAAAACUAAAAAAUAAUAAAUUAAUUCGUAUACCUAUUUAGCU